AUGGCGGCGGAGGGUGAUGUGGAACUGGAGCUGGAGACGGAGCCGAAUGGUUCCGGCGGCGGCGGCGAUGGUGCGGGCGGCCGGGCGGCCGAGAAGCCACGGAAGCACGAUAGCGGGGCGGCGGACUUGGAACGCGUCACCGACUACGCGGAGGAGAAGGAGAUUCAGAGCUCCAACCUAGAGACGGCCAUGUCGGUGAUCGGAGAUCGGAGGUCCCGGGAGCAGAAGGCGAAGCAGGAGAGGGAGAAGGAGCUGGCCAAAGUAACCAUCAAGAAGGAGGACCUAGAGCUGAUCAUGACAGAGAUGGAGAUCUCGCGGGCAGCUGCGGAGCGGAGCCUGCGGGAGCACAUGGGCAACGUGGUGGAGGCUCUCAUCACCCUCACCAACUGAGCACUGUGCGCCUGCCGGACAGGCACAC